AUGAGUAAUACACGGAUGAUCAAUCACAUCAAAAAUUUUCUUUAUUAAAAUAAACCAUAUUAUAGUACUGAUAAAACAGAAGAUUCCUUUAACACUAAUCCUGAUUCUAAAGAAAAGACCUUUUUGCAUGAAUUUAAGAUUCAACAAACUACCAUGUAGACUGGAUAGAGAGUAGAGAUUUAAUAAUGA